UCAACAAUCAUGGCAGAAAACGAGUCAGCAAUGGCGUCCAAAAGCGGCAGCGAAUGCGAAGAUGAAAGAGAACUGUUUGUCAAAUUACUAGCGUCUCAUCUUGUGCUGUUUAACAAAAGUAGAAUACCUACGGUGGCAAAACAACGGCAAACAGCCUUACAAAAUAUGACUGCAUCGUUCAAUAAAAGAACGGGAAAAAAUGUAGACGCGAAGCAGAUGCUGAAAAAAUUCAAUAAUCUGAAAACUCGUGUCAAGGAAAAAACCGACAAGAAGAGGACAGGCAAUCGGAAAAUACGCUUAACAGUGUGGGAACAAAAGUUUGCGCACCUGUGGGACAAGACUAACAACCCUGCAUUACAUCGUAUUCCAGGAACUGUGACAUCAAGUAUGGAGAUAGACGUUUCAUCGCCUGUUGUAUCUGAUCCGUCUUCCACCGGAAAGACCAUUAAACACGACCAUGAGGCAGAUAGAUGGCAACGACUCUCAACAGCCCAGCUUCAACGUGUCUGCUUAAUAUCGCAAAUUAGUGCCGCAGAAGCUCAAGAACGAGCGGCAGUUGCCCAAGAACGAGCUGCGAUAGCCCAAGAACGCUCUGCUAUUGCCCAGAAAUGCGCUGCUGUUGCCCAGGAACGAGCAACCCUCACGAAAGGGUUUUGUUAUCGAACCAAAACCGCUCAGUUGUGCGGAAAGAAUCACAAGCUUAUUUGCAGUUAG